AUGAGUGUUGCAAGUUAUAGUAAAUGUCGUAUUCAAUUCAUUCCAAAGGAACGAGAAAGUCCUGAAGUUCAUUAUUCGGAUAGAACAUUAAUUGAAUUGAGACAAUAUGAUUUUGAUGAUUUUUCAUUACGAACUAUUGAUGUAGAUAAUAACAGAAAGGAAAUCUUUAAUGUUCCAUUUAAACGACCAGAUCAAUAUAAACGUGCACAAACAGUCAAUCAACCAGAUGCCAUUCGUAAUGAUGAUGGACUUUACUUGUUAUGGUUAAACGAGACUACACGUGAUCAAUUUUAUCAAACAUUAGAUACAUGUAUCGAACAACAGAACUUAAUUUCCAAAGAUACGCCUAAACCUUCAUCUCCUCCACCUGACACAAAACCAAAAGAAGACAAACAAUAUACUCCUAAAACACAACCAGCACGACCAGUACCCGACAAUAGAAAUGAUGUUUUGGUUGAUAUUUAUCAAUUGGGUCAACAUAUAAGACAAGGUGAUACUGAUAACGCUGUUGCUCUAAGUAGGAAAUUAGCUAAUCAACGUAUUUCACUUCAAGCAAAACCAUGGUCAAAAUCGAAAGAAGAACAGACCAUUCAAAUUACAAUAAAAAUUGAUAGUAAUGAUCAAAGUUUUAGUAGCAGAUAUGAUCCAAUUACUAUGGAUGUUUUUCCAUCAACGAAAAUUAAUGAAUUACGUACUGCUUUAGAAUAUUGUAAUUUUAAUUUACCAGCAAAUCAAUAUUUUUUUGUUAAUGGUCAUUUAGCUCAUGAAAAUUGUACAAUGGAAGAAUUAAAUAUUCAACCUCGUUCACUUUUUAUUUUAUUUAUAAUUCAAUAA